AGAACGUUGGAUAAGUGAGACUCUACCUCACAUUUAAAACGGUGCUGAACUUUUGCUGUGGAGCUGGUCCAAGUGCUUCUGACACUUCCGGGAAGGAAAUCAGCCUCUCUUCCUCUGAUUGGGCAGCCAGUCUCAAGUUUCUCUGGUUCCCAUGGUAGCAUCAGAAUGCACAACCAAUCAGAAGCGCCCGCUGCAGGGCCGAGAGUUGGCUUGCUUUUCUCAGCGGGGAAGAAGAGCCAAAGCAGAAAGGCAUGUCUGGGCACGGGAAGCAGGGCGGCAAAGCCCGGGCCACCUCCCAGUCCCGUUCCUCCCGGGCUGGGCUCCGUUUCCCCGUUGCCCGCAUACAUCGUUUCCUUCGGAAAGGGAACUACGCCAAAAGGGUGGGAGCCGGUGCCUCGGUUUACCUGGCCGCGGUGCUGGAGUAUCUGACGGCUGAGAUCCUGGAGCUGGCCGGCAACAUAGCCCGGGACGCCCAGAGGAACCGCAUCACCCCCCGCCACUUGAUGGUGGCCAUCCGCCUCGACCAGGAGAUCAACAAAGUCCUGGGCAAAGUCACCAUCGCCCAAGGAGGGGUCCUGCCCAACGUCCAAGCUGCCAUUUUGCCCAAGCAUAAGAAUUUCAAAUCCAGAGGAAGCUGGGACAAACUUUGGUGAUGGUCCAGGGACCAUGUGCUAUUGCCUUGCAGAAGCUAGCAUCCACAAAGGUCCAGGAAUCUGUCGAGCUGCUGACCAGACAAUCUGCAUCUGUAUCUUGGGCCUGUUUCACGCAGAAUUGUAUCAAGAAAACUUAGAGGAAACGCUGCACGCCUUGGCACAAAUGUGAACAUUCUCACAAACAUCUUUGCAGGAACAAAGAUGCAUCUUCUUUGAAUGUUGGGUUGAUGUGAGUUUUCAGGCCUGUAUGGAAUUGUUCCAGAAGCAUUCUCUCCUGAUGUUUCACCCACAUCUAUGACAGGCAUCCUCAGAGGUUGUGAGGAUGCCUGCCAUAGAUGUGGGCGAAACGUCAAGAGAGAAUGCUUCUGGAACAUAGCCAUACACCCCUGAAAACUCACAGCAAUCCACUGAUCUUGGCCAUGAAAGCCUUCGACAACACUCUUUGAAUGUUAUCAGAAUGUUUUGUACUAGAAGGAAAAAACCAAAGAUUGAUUCAAAAUGAAUAUUUCCUUUUUUCAAGAAAUGUCUUCUGAGAUUAACAGUGAAGUGGUAAAGACCCGCUGCACCCUUUCUUGCUCUGCUUCAACUAUCUUCAGCUAAUGUUUCUAAGCAAAGUUUUUAAAGUAUUGAUGGAGACUGCAUUUGAAGAUGGGCAAAACAACUGGGGGAGAGUCAUAGUUAUUUUUGUACUUGCUGGAUUUCUUUCUUAGAUAUUAAAUAAACACAGACUUACUUUGGA